UUUAUAUAGUUUAUCAGAAAAAAAAAGUUGAUUUGGGGGGUGACUUGCUCUUUAAGUAGGCCCACAUCACCGUGUCCGAUAAUGCACGCCGCGUCGCUUCAUGACAUCACGGGAGUGACCGGGCAGCCGCGCGUGCAGGGAGGAAGAGGAGGAGAAUCUCUCUCCCAAUAAGUUUACUUUGCCCUUUGCGGGAGAUGAGAUUCAGCUUUCACAAAACCACCAAGACGCUUCCAGGGACGGGGAGGAAACUGUGUGUGCUCGCUGAAAUCUGCCGGAUCUUUCCGCGGGUUAUGGGCGGUUUGGAGUUGCAGAGUUUUAUCUGAUUCCCGGGAUUGUGCGCCGGCGGCGGAGUUGACCACGCACCGCGGCUCCGAGGGAAGCCAUAUCUGGUCAAAGUAUUCGCUGCUGUCACCCAGCCGGGCCGACUGUCUAUUAAUAGCGCCGGAAGAGCAGAUCUUUUCAGGUCAGACCUGGAAUCUAAAGUCUGAUUGCCUUUGUCGCGUGUGUCCGGUUUGGGGGGUUAUUAAGGUGUGCUGUUCAUAAUGUCUGUAUUAAAGAAGGAGAUGGAUAAGUACAGGGACAUAGACGAGGACGAGCUGCUGAAGAAGCUCUCAGAAGAGGAGCUGCAGCGGUUAGAGGAUGAAUUAGAGGAGCUCGAUCCUGAUAAUGCAUUGCUGCCAGCUGGCCUUCGGCAAAAGGACCAGACGAAGAAAGCCCCGACGGGAACGUUUCAGCGAGACAACCUGCUGGCCCAUCUGGAGAAACAAGCCAAAGAGCAUCCUGACAGGGAUGACCUGGUUCCGUUCACCGGGGAGAAGCGAGGGAAGGCCUUUGUGCCAAAGAAGAUGGUGGACCCGAUCUUAGAGAGUGUGACUCUGGAGCCGGAGCUGGAAGAAGCGCUGUCCAGUGCUACUGAUGCUGAACUCUGUGAUAUUGCAGCCAUCCUGGGCAUGCACACUCUGAUGAGUAACCAGCAGUACUACGAGGCCCUGGCCAGCAGCACUAUAGUCAACAAGCAAGGCCUCAACAGUGUGAUCCAGUGCACCCAGUAUAAACCCGUCCCCGAUGAGGAGCCCAACGCCACUGAUGUGGAGGAAACACUGAUGAGAGUAAAGAGGAAUGAUCCUGACCUGGUAGAGGUUAACCUCAACAACAUAAAGAAUAUUCCCAUCCCAACUCUGAAGGCGUAUGCCGAAGCUCUGAUGAAGAACACGGUGGUUGAGAGGUUCAGUAUUGUAGGAACCAGGAGCAACGACCCUGUAGCAUUUGCACUGGCAGAGAUGCUGAAGGUGAACUCGACCCUCAAGAGUCUGAAUGUCGAGUCCAACUUCAUAACGGGAGCUGGAGUCAUGGCUCUCAUCGAGUCGCUGCAGAAUAACAACACGCUAACUGAGCUGAAAAUCGACAAUCAGAGCCAGCCUCUGGGAAACAAAGUUGAGAUGGAGAUCGCCAGCAUACUGGAGAAAAACACCACGCUGCUGAAGUUUGGAUAUCACUUCACUCAACAGGGGCCGCGCCUCAGAGGCUCAAACGCCAUGAUGAACAACAACGACCUGGCCCGCGUGGUCAGGUCCGAAUCAGACGGCUCCAUCACCUUCACCCUCUCUGUUCCCGAGCUGGAGCGAGCCUUCGGGAAAAAGUUCAAGUCCAAGACAAAUAAGAAAGAGAAGGCUUGAGGGAGGACCCAUCUUCCCCAAGUGUCGGACGAAUGUGUAGAAAUCUGGUCUACCUUCAACCUCCUCCAAUCAUCUGUGAACCCUUUGGCAGCCUCCAACCCACCGGCGGUGCACUGCAGCAGGUUCAGUUGUUUGGUAAAAAUGUCGAAGGACUCCGUUGAAAUCUGCAGCAUCCUUCGGUGUUUUCCGUGCAUGCACAACGUGAGAUGAUAAUGGUUGUUUUGUAAAGUUUGCAGUUCCCCAUUGAUUUUAGACUCUUCAUGCAAACCAAUCAAUCACAGGAUAUAACAUUAUUUUAAAUCCUUCAACACCACAACAAGUGCCUUUAAUCCUGUUUUAGUUUUAAAUGUGGUCCUAUUUUGGAAGACGAUGGUUAUUAUUAUAGCGGAGUGCGAACUCCGGCGUGCCUUUUAUUUUUCCAGCUCUAUGAAAUGAAUAAAAUGGGUUCGGUUCAGCAGAUGUAUCAUGUAGUUUAUCCUUUAUUGCUGUACACAUAAAAUAUUGAUAAUUUAGAUAACUUGGGUUAUUUAAAGUAGAAAAACACUUUAAAAGAUAAUUUAUUUCCAUAAUAUGCAGCAAUGCAAUGCCUUUCCUUAUAAUAAGAUAUUCUAUACGAACAUUAUUUAAAGAGCAAGUCACCCCCAAAUAAACUUAUUUUUACUGAUAAACUAUUUAAAUGUGUGUCUAAUCGUGCUGCAGACACGUGUAGUUUAGCAUUUUAGUGCAUUUUAGUUUAAAUUAAAAUUUUCUGCCUAAAGCCGGGCGUACACUGUGCGACUUUUUCACUUUUUUGAGCCGAUUUUCCAGUCGUGCGAGAAGCCACGACAUCGGGGCGAGUUUUGCGCCGAGCGGUCGUGUAGUGUACAGGGGGUUACGAGAGGCGAUUAACACCACGUGACCAGCUGCCGAUCAGCAGUCGUGAGGUCGCACGGACUUCUGGCGUGUUUAAUAUUUUGCUCGUCCCUCGUGAGGGUAUCACACUGUUGAAGCAGCGCUGCGAGCAGCUGCGACCCAAAAUGUAUCAGAACCGCUCACGGCGCAUGCGCAAUCCUGCAUCAACGCCGCUCGCUAUUCCCCUAAUAACACACGCUGUUCGUUUUUGUUUCUACACGUUUUUUUACUCACAAAGAUUGUCAAGAAAGCGUGUUUGUCGUGUUCAUGUCAAAUUAAACUGAUCACAAAACACAGAUUUACUUUCUUUAUUUCGUUUUCCUCAUCCAACCCCCAUAAAUCCCUGUGUGUCCUCCUGCAGCACUCCCGAAGGACAACAGGCAAAACAAGACAAAAAAGUCUGACGUGUUGAGUAAAAACUGCUAUUUUUAGCAUAUUUUUAGGGCCGACGUGUUGCUACCAGACGUACAGUGUGAGCAGUCAGGUCGCAUGCGAGAACUGGGUCGUGCAGUGUGAGCGCAUGACUCGUGAGAUCUGCUCUGCGAGGAAGUCGUACAGUUUGAGCUGAAGCUGAACGCUGCGAGUGAAAAAGUCGCACGGUGUACGCCCGGCUUAAAACUGUCUGUGUUGUGCCGUUGUCAGGUAAAAACUGUACUGCAUUUGAAUUUAAAUCUGCCAUCGCUAUUGGCUAAGAGGUACCCUAGAACGUUAGCUGGUACCAUAUGAUGUCACAAUGUCGUUGUGACCCUGUGUGUGUGUGUGUGUGUGUGUGUGUGUGUGUGUGUGUGUGUGUGUGUAUUUGUUAGCGGCUCCGCCCUCUCGGUCUGCUAGGCAACAGCAUUUGUUGCAUUUUUCAAACAGGAAGUGGGAGUAGAGUAAUACUCUGGUGGGGGUGACUUGCACUUUAAUUAAGUUAGCUGUGUUAAUCCAACGUUAAAGCCGACAACCCUCAAAUAUUAGAGCAGAUUUGUGUUUGGCCUUCAGCCAGGUGUGGUUUGACAGUAUCAAACUGCUGGUUCCAGAUUUAAUAUCCUCCUUUUUAAAUAAAGAAAUAAUUACAUACAAAAUCCUUUUACACAUUAAGCACUGAUGGGUUAUUAUUUAAAAAUACGUGAUUAAUGGAAAGGUUCACACCAAGGAUGAGCUGCUUCCGGCUCCGACAGCUUUAUGUUGAACUGAGAAUAUUUGGCAGUAUUUAAAGCAUUAUUUAAAAAAAAAAAACUAACAUUGUAAAAUAAAAACGGUUUUACAUGUGUUUUAUUUUUAAUUCCAUCUCAUGCUUUAUUGUUCACUCUGCGACUGUCAAUGUAAUAUAAAACCCCACCAGGAAUGAGCGUGGUAUGAGUCAGGCAGCGUGUUAGUGGGUCAUCUGUGAAGUUAUUUAGUACCACUGCUUCAUUUAAAAAACCCUGCCUGUGUUUUAAAUGGUGAUGAUGGAUGUAAACAUUCUUCACUGAAUUUGAAAGAGAACUCCUUACUAUUCAUUAGUCUUGUUUUGUGUUUGAGUUUUUCAGCUUUUUUGUUGUUUGACUGAUUUUUUUUGGUAGUAGAACACUUUUGUUGGUUGAAUGUGUUCAUUGGUUUAAUAAAGAUUAACAUUUUAA